AUUCUUCGCCAAGGCCAAGAAGGUUGCCAUGAUUCCUCUCUCUCCUGGUCCUGCCCCUCCAACAGUGCCACGUUUGGUGGAAGAUGUGGUCCCGGACGACAGAGAUGACCCUGAGUUCAUCCUGAAUACCACCACUUAUUACUAUUCUGUGAGGAUCUUCGCUGGGCAGGAGCCUUCUGGUGUGUGGAUUGGCUGGGUCACUCCGGACUACCACCAGUAUGAUCCAGGCUUUGACCUUUCCAAAGUGCGCAGUGUCACUGUUACUGUUGGAGAUGACAAAGGCAACAUACAUGACAGCAUGAAGCACAGUAACUGUUAUAUGGUGUGGGGAGGGGACCUGGUCAGCAAUCAGCAGACCCGCUUCAGCCAGGAGGACAUGGUUAUUGGCUGCUUGGUUGAUCUGGCAACCGGUCUCAUGACCUUUACAGCCAAUGGAAAGGAGAUAAACACCUUUUACCAGGUGGAGCCAAACACCAAGCUGUUCCCCGCUGUCUUCGUUCAGCCAUCCAACCAGAACUUGGUGCAGCUGGAGCUGGGAAAACUCAAGAAUAUCAUGCCCAUCUCAGCAGCCAUGUUCCGCAGCGAGCGCAACAACCCGGUCCCGCAGUGCCCCCCCAGGCUGGACGUCCAGAUGCUGACCCCGGUUAUCUGGAGUCGUAUGCCCAACCACUUCCUCAAACCGGUGGUGGGCAAAGUGAGCGAGAGGCUGGGUUGGAGCGUGGAGUGCACGGAACCUCUCAUCAUGAUGGCUCUGCACAUCCCAGAGGAGAACAGGUCAGAAUCUGCAA